CGGCGCUGAGCGCUGAGCGCGAACCGAAACCGGAACCCACCGUCCAGCCCGGGGCUUCCGGCCGCCGCGACUCUGCACCAUGGCAUCAGCCUUGAGAGCCCAGGACCCCACAGCUUCUGAGAGAACCGUUGUAGUUGCUGGUCUUCCAGUUGGCCUCUCUAAUGAUCAGUUAUCGGCCAUAUUGGUGAAGAGUUGCUUCCAAGAUGAGGGUGGAAAAGUGGAAGAUGUGAUUUAUCCAACAAGAACCAAGGGAGUUGCAUUUGUAAUAUUCAAAGAGAAAAGAGCUGCAGAGAAUGUCAUCAGACAGAAGAAAUACCAUGUAACAAAGAAGGCUCAACUCACAGUUUCUCCCUUCAGCGUAAAGGUCUUCAGCUCUGUGAAGGCACUCCUUGACCUGUCCAUUUUUCGGAGUCAAAUUCUGUUAGAAAGCUUGGUGAUGGACCUGAAAAGGAAAAUCCCAACUUUAACCUUCAGUUCAUUGGGGCCCAAAGGAAAAAUCUAUGUGGAAGGAUCAUAUCUGGCUAUCACGAGGCUCAAAGAAACUUUGCUAACAAAAGCAAUUUCCCUUUUAGAAAAAGACAGGAAUUAUGUCAGUGAGGGGAGAAGCUGGAGAAGUCAGAGCCCCCAAAAGAGUUUGCAGGAAAGUGAGAACCCUGUGGUGACGCUCAGGACCUAUGUACCUGAGCCUCCUGGAAGCGGAGAAACACUUAUACUCGAUACAAAUGUUUUCCUUUACCUGAAAUGCAAGUGUAGAUUUUACAAACGCACCCUGAAACGUUUCUGUAUUCUCUGUCAGGAGAGAGUGGAUGGAGAAGUCACCACCGUCUUUCUAGAAGAUGCUAAUGAUGGAUCCCAGCCUAGCAAUGCCCGGUGUGUCAAAGGUCUCAUUGAAGAAUGGUCCCAGAGCCUUCUCCUUGAGCUCAGAAAAGAGACCUUGCUUUUGGAAGGAAAGGGAGAGAGAGAGAGAAGAAAUAUUGAGCAGGCUUGUAAGAAACUAUGUGACAGGCAUCAUAGGGUUUUGGUCAAUGUCUGUGGGACACACAUUGACAUUGUAGGGCCUUCUUCAGACACUUUCCUAUUUAAAACAGAGCUCACAAAGUUAAUAGAGCAAAAGGUUAGUUAGUGAAAAUCCCAGGCCCAGGCGUGAUAAUAGCUGUUUUCCUGUGUCAAGUGCUGACUGUGCCAUGCUCAGCCCGUACUAUCUCAUUUCCUCCUAGUGAGCAGCUUUCACUGUGAGCACACCUAUCUUCAUGUUGUAGGGGAAGAAGCUAGGAUUUGAAGAAAUUGAAACGCUUUUCUGAAGUUACCAACUGACAAGGAAUAGGGCGGCACUUAAUCCAGUCUCUCUGAAUAUAAAAAUAAUAGCUAAAUAAAGUGAUCGUAAAAAAACUCA